AUGUGUGCACAACUAAGUGAUGUCACUUCCGAAUAUCCAGCGUCUAAGCGUAUUCGUUCCAAUGUUGGCCUAAUAACAUGUUUUACCUUGUCUCUUUGUUCUGCGGCCUGUAUGUACAGGCUAAUGGAUGAAAUUACAUCUGAUUUAGAUGCUGACCUUGCAGACGUGGAUGGUUUAGCAAAAACUGAUGAAAAAGGAAAUUGUCUAAGCAGUUCCCAACUAAAGGCCGUUUUAGACCAACGUGGCGUCUUGUACUCUUCACUGUUAGGACGAAAAGAUUUAGAAUCAGCAGUAAAUUCAACAGGUUUUAUCACUCCAAAUGAACUUACGAAUGCCCAAGCCAAACAGUCAAAGCAUGCAAACAUGGAUUUCUCAAAAAGUCCAGACGCUUUCGUCUAUCGGAAAUUAUCACAUUCAAAUUAUCAACCAAUGGAUUCGAAUCCCACGCCAUCCAGUUUCAGAUCGAAUAGCAUCGUAUUUGAUAGUGAAUCUGAAUUUAUUGAACAUGUUGAAGAUAAAAAGGACAGUGUAUGGCUUUUAGCUGUGGCUUCCCCGCAGUCUUCUUUCUCUUCAACUACAGAUCAAAAAGCCAAAUUCAGAAUUAAACCUGCGUCAGUCAUUUCGGAGGAGAUUUGGGCUGUUUUAAGUUAUCGAUAUCAGUCGUUCGGAUUCAAGACAGGUUUGCUUAACUGUGAAAAGCUUCAUAGCUUGUGCAUUGAACGAGGUUUCAUUAAUCCAGAUCUCAUCCUCGCUUUACCCAAAGGUGGUGAACGUAUGAAAGAUAUGGUACAAUUCCGUCCUUUACCUAAAGAUCGAAAAUCGAAAACAGUUGUUGGUCAUGGAUCAAGUAAAUACAUUUUAGACAUUAUUCACUCAUGGAUUGUAUCAGUGUUAGCGGAACGUGUUAAAGUGUUAAUGGACGUACGCGAUAUUUAUCCAGUGAGCUCAGUAUUGCCUGGUGAUCGCACGCUUUGGAAUAAUUAUUUAAAGCAUUUAUGGUCUUCGUGGUUAUUUAAAAAACCUCAACCAAUACAUGUUGUAUGGCUCCCGGAGAUUUCAUAUGAAACCAAAUUGACCAACAAAUAUCAACCACCAUUAGUUUUAAGUGCACUUUCUGUCACAUAUACUGGUCGAGUUCGGUUUUGGUCUGUGCCAUACGAUUUAUUCAAUCAAAAAUCCAAAACUGUGAAUACUAACGCCGAUAGCUGGCCAGUAACUAAAUCAUCUAUUGGUACAGUCUUUGAUUUGUUAAACUAUAUGAACUGUUCUUCUAAAUCCCGCUAUGUAAUCCUGACGCCAGAGGGGAGAUGCUAUCCAUUCGGUUUAAAUAGCAAAGAAUAUUUAAGCUAUGAGAAUCUUGAAAUAUUGUUGCGUUCAUUAUAUCCUUCUACCGAUGAUUUCCUUUGGAUAUUGGUAUUUGCAACUAACCUUUUGGUUUUCAUAAAUGGCGCCGUUGAAGCUGGACGGAUAUUGUUUGUUAUUACACAUCCGUCAAAUGCUAGUGGUAAUAAUAAUUUCCAAACAAAUCGCAACAGUAAUCGUUCAUCUGUUGUUGCACGUCGUUCAGCCUUAGCAAGAACUGUAAUUAGACUAGCACGGCAAGGAUGGACAUCACACAUUCCUAAUUUUAAUAGUGACCACCAUUCAACGUUUGAUGAAUCGACUGAUAAUUAUUAUCACUCAACUGAUCAAAGUCGUUUGGUUUAUGAAGCUAGACAGGACAUUUCACCGCCCAACUCAUCACCAGUCAGUAUGAAGUCACUUAUAUUGUCUCAUAUCUUUGAAUGGAUUAAAGUAUUUCUUCUUGAUCUAAUUUCAGCCUACAUUCUUCUACUUUUAGCUAUAUUACCAAUUAUAAAUAUUUUAAGUUUAUCUUAUGCUUUACCAGUUGUCAACUUAAAUCUUUGGUUUCUAAGAUCAUUCUCUUUGUCUUCACCCAUAGUCAAAUUGCGCUUUUCUAUUCUAACAGGUCAUUUAAAAUGGUUUAACUUGUUACAAGUUAUUCUAGCUUCAUGGUUGUUUUUAGUAAUGUCAUCGAGUAGUGUUUAUUCUUUAAUGCUGAAGUACACGAAGAACAAUAAUAAUGGUCCGUCUAACAGUUCACGGUCUCGACGUUUUAAUCGAUUAGAUCCUGUUUUAGUUCGUGAACGCCUUAAUCAGAUAUCACCCGAUCAACUGUGGAAUGAAUUAUCACGCUUACUUAUUCAAUCAGACAUUGAAUUAAAAUCCGGUUCUGCAGAUUCUACAGCUUCAAGUACACUAGAAUCAGAUAGCCAUCGUGAUUAUCAGACAUGUAAUAACAAAGGAAAGUCUGUGAGUGAACACAAGUCAUCAGAUGCUACGAUUUUUAAGUCGAAUACAAAUAAUCAGGAAGAAAAUAUGGAGGUUAUUGAAGGAAAUCGUUUAUUACGUAGGCUACGAAGACUGUAUCAUAUUCUUAGCCAGCAGACAAGUCAUCUAUCAUCGACUUCGAUGAAUCCAGCAGCUUCUUUUUCAUUACCAGAUUCAUAUUAUCAGGGAAGCAGAAUUCCUGAUGAAUCGAGUCAUGUAACUGCAGCACAUAUGUAUACUUGGAAUUGUUUAAAUUCAUUUGGCAAUAAUAAUAAUAACAAUAAUGUUAAGUCUCCUACUGGUGUAAAUAUCAAUCAUUAUCAUCCACAUACAAGAAAAUUAUGUCCGACUGCUAAGCCUGCCACAUUUACUGCAACAGAUAUUAACUACGAAGCUGAUGAUGAAUUUGAAGGUGUAGGUGAUGAUGAAGACAAUAAUUGCGUCUGUCGGAGGUUUUCAUCUCAUGUCAAAAGAAGAAAUGGCAGUCAUCCAGCUUUACGCGGCAUCCAUUCAUCUCGUCCAACUUCUUUCUGCUCACUAUCAAGUUCCAGCUCUGAUGUAGGUAGUAAUGAUGAUGAGAAAUAUCGCUCUAGUCGUAUUAUUCACUCUCGUGAAAGUGCUACUCUCACAGCAAAUAACUACACUUCAUCUGCCUCCUCCGCAUCUGUAUUAUCUAAUGAUGUUAAUUGUACAACUCCUUUAAACGAUUGGCCAUCUUGGGUUGUACCAUGCAAAGAAUGUGUUGUAUGUUGGCAAAAAUUUCGUUCAGGUGUAAGAUUGAGUGCAUUACCAUGUGGUCAUGGUUUUCAUGAAUACUGUAUUCGAAAGUGGUUAGAUACUGGAGCUUUCGAUUGUCCAGUCUGCCGUUGGCCAGCUUAUGCACCACAUUUACGUCAACAAUGUCAAAUGAUUGAACAGUUAAUUAAUGCUGUACAAAAAACUAUCAAUUUCGCUGAGCAGUCUAAUAAUAAUAAAAAUAACAAUUAA